AUGACAGACAAGAACGGUUUUGUCAGGGAUGAUGUACGCUUAAAAUCCUAUGAAUCAAUCGAGAAACAGUAUGACUUUCUCGCGAUGAAUAAGAGCAAGUAUCAUAACCCUGAUCUAGCAGAGGCAGAACAGGAAGUGCUAGACCAGCUUUAUCGAGGUUGGCUGCACUACUGGAACCACGAGUCAAAGGAUGAUUACCAUAACGGCAUGGUCGGCUCUCGUCGAUUCUACGAUUUUCCAGAAAUGCUGAGCUAUGACAUGUUUGGAAACACGAUUCGCGGCAACUUCAAUGAACAUUUCGAAUCUAUCUUCCCAUACUGGAAUGAUGGCCAGAUGGAGUUCAAGGAUCUCGAAAUCACCGCUCUCUCUCGAGACCAUGCUUACUCCACAAUGAUUCAGCACACGUGGGGUACUGCUGGAGGUACACCAUUUGACACGGCAUUCCGUCGCACUGGCAUUGCUCGGCGUAACCCCGAGAACGGAGAAUGGAGGUGGAUUCAUGAACACCUGUCGUUCCCUGUUGAUAUGAAGACCCAGAAAGGCGAUUUCACUGCUUCAUUGGAUCCUGGAAAGGGAUUCAAGCUCCAGUAA